GUCGGCGGCUACAACCUCGUUUCCCGUGUCACGGGCAAGGGCAAGAAAAGGAAGGGCGAUGCCAAGGGUGAGAACGGCGAGCCGCAGAGGUUCGGGCAGUUCGGCAACCUGGACGCCGACGGAGUUCCGAUAGAGGAGAAGGACGCCAAGGACGAGAAUGAGAAGGGCGAGAAGGACCAGGCCGAGGUGGUGGGCAAGCCCCUGAAGGGCUCCACGGAGAGGGGCGUGCCGGAGCACUGGGGUGCGAAGUCCUUCUGGGACACCGACGAGAGCGCCCCCCAGGCGUUGCCGGAAGUCCGG